AUGCGCCCUUGCGCCGCCUCUGCCCCGCUUCGCAGCCUUCGACUCAACGCGCCUGGUCGCAUCGUGUUGCCGAGGCAGGGUCGAGGUCGCACGCUAUGCACGACGUGCCUCUGUCGACCGAGCCACACGUCUGAAGCGCGAGCGACGACGAGCCAGGGGCAUGUCGCUGCACCGCGCCUGCACCCGGCGCCCCGAUCCUCUCGAGAGCACGUGGUGAAGAGAUGGGCCUCGACGGUCGCGGCGGCGAAUACCAAGAAUGUGCGAAACCACAAUCGAGGGCCGUUGCAAGAGUACGACCACCGCGUCGAGACUGGCGCCCUACGAAACGACGAGCAUCAGAGGGGCAUCAUCGAGAGCCUGCAGCAUCUCCACGACGAACUGGCAAACUACGCGGCGCCGGCCGUCGAACACCCCGACCUCGCGUCCCUCACGCCCUCCAAGUCCCUCUUCGGGUCCCUCUUCGGCGGAGGCAAGCCGGGCAGGGCCACGAUCGGCGCGAUCCCCAGCAACCUGCCUCGCGGGCUCUACCUCUACGGCGAUGUCGGCAGCGGCAAGACCAUGCUGAUGGACCUCUUCUACGACACGCUGCCGCCGUCGGUCAAGUCCAAGACGCGCAUUCACUUUCACAACUUCAUGCAGGACAUCCACAAGCGGCUCCACACGAUGAAGCUCGAGCACGGCAACGACGUCGACGCCGUGCCCUUCAUCGCCGCCGACAUUGCCGAGCAGGGCAACGUGCUCUGCUUCGACGAGUUCCAGUGCACUGACGUCGCCGACGCCAUGAUCCUGCGACGGCUCCUCGAAUCGCUCAUGUCGCACGGCGUCGUGCUCGUGACGACGUCCAACCGCCACCCCGACGAGCUCUACAAGAACGGCAUCCAGCGCGAAUCCUUCCUCCCGGCGAUCCAGCUGUUGAAGAACCGGCUGCACGUCAUCAACCUCGACUCGCCGACCGACUACCGCAAGAUCCCGCGCCCGCCGUCGGGCGUGUACCACACGCCGCUCGACGCGCACGCGCAGUCGCACGCCGAAAAGUGGUUCCGCUUCCUCGGCGACCCGGCCGACGGCGGCGCGCCGCACGCCGAGACGCAGCACGUCUGGGGCCGCGCGAUCCACGUGCCGCGCGUCAGCGGCACCUGCGCGUGGUUCACGUUUGACGAGCUCAUCGGGCGGCCGACGUCGGCGGCCGACUUUCUCGAGCUCGUGCGCAACUACGACGCCUUCAUCGUCACCGACGUGCCCGGCAUGACGUACCGCCAGCGCGACCUCGCGCGCCGCCUCAUCACCUUUCUCGACGCCGUCUACGAGUCGCACGCCAAGCUCGUGCUGACGACCGAGAAGCCGCUGACCGAGCUCUUCCUGUCGCGGGCCGAGAUGGAGGAGUCGCUGCGCGCGCGGGGCGCCGAGACGAACCAGCAGCAGCAGCAGCAGCAGCCCGACACGGACGCCGCCGUGGGCCACCUGCUCGAGGACCUCGACCACAACAUUGACCAGAUCAAGGGGUCGAACCUGUUCUCCGGCGAGGAGGAGGCGUUUGCCUUUGCGCGCGCCCUCUCGCGGCUGAGCCACAUGGGCAGCAAGGAGUGGGUGGAGCGGGGCAUGGGGCUCGAGGCGCAGGGCGGCAAGAAGGACCGCGACGACUGGGCCAAGGUGCGCAGUCGCCAGAUGGAGGACAGCAUGUAG